AGCUGCUAUCCAUCAGGCUGGCGGUGUAGAGCCGAUCUCAAUGCUAGCGAGAAAAGGCCAGCGCGCAUGACCUGCUACGCAAACACGAGCAAGGCGUCAAUUGGGACACAUCUGCAGCUCAGCCACCACCAUCACCAACGAAACGGCCAUGAUUGAGAGAUCUUCAGCCAAUCGCACGUGCAGGAAUGGCAAGGCAGACUCUCAAUCAAAUUCCAGGCGGUCUCGAACCCCUCCUCAGACACCACCCUACUUUGCUUCUCAAAACUCAGCUUUUCUUUGCGAUUCCUCAUCAUUAGGCCGUCGGCCGACCAAGAUGAAAGAUGACCACCAAGAUCACAAAGAAUCACAAAUGGACGACCGUAUCAUCAAGUGGGUAAAAGACCACGAUGGUGUUUUCCCAGCAACAGAUUCUGCCGGCUCCUGUCACAAGUUUGGAUCCGAGAAUGGGCUGGUCUCUGACCUCCACGACGAGUGUUUGCAAGUCAUGAAGGAACUCAAGACAGCAUGGCAGAACUCCAAGGACAACAUCUAUCUUAGGGCGCGGGAGAGGGUAGGUAUUGGGGACUGCUAUGGCAAGUUGAACCUCUGGGGAGACACUCUGCAAGGAGGAAAGCUAGAGGCCAGCCUGGAAGUGGCUCCCACACUACGCCAAACAAUCCUGGGAGCCUUUGUCAGAAUCGGACAUGCUCUGCUGUUCGCCUCACGCAAGCAUUACCAAGCGAGCCAAACUACGGACUCCGAACACUGUCAAGUGCCUACCUCUAAUCUUAAAGUGCUUAUCGAGAAAGCUUCGCAUGUCUUGACUGCAGAAGAUUCGGAUUUGUCCACGCUUCAAAGACACGACGCCACAGACGAAGAGGACUCUGAUGCCGAGUCUGUAAGCGGCGGCGAUGAAGACGACUCACCCUGGCCACCUGCGGAAUCAUGGGCCACCACCUUGCUUCGAGUUCUUAGCUUUCGGACAAGAUUGCUCAUGGACCUUCUCCCUACCAUUCAGCAAAUCUUGACAACCAGUGAACGCGGAUACCGGCCUUACAAAACCCAGCCUCCAAGCAAGUUCCACGCGUCGGAGGCUGCGCGGCACUGGAUCCGUCAGAUCUUGGACAGAUUCCAAGAUGCAGAUGGGCCGCUGGCUGAGCGAUUGGGAGAGGCUAAUUCUCAAAGGUAUGACGAGCUGAGGAGAGAGAAAGAUCCAAGUGAUUCAACCUUUAUCAUCACUGAAGGAGCCGCUCGACCGAAAUCGUUCUUCCGACCGGCGAUCACAAUCUACGAUUCUGGCUUGGGGACCUCGAUUAUCACUCCAGGUGCAAUUCCAGCUUCGGCCGCGUCACAUUCUUCAUUCCUCCCCAGCCUUGCCGAUGGCACCUCGCGCCGCGUGCCCAAAACGCCAAAUGCUGUGGCCUUGGGCAUUCCAUUCAAUUGUGAGAUAUGCGGCCACAGGCUCACCACGAUUAAAGACCGCACUCAAUGGAAGGCUCAUGUUUUUGCGGAUAUUAAGCCCUAUGUCUGCACAUUCACCGGUUGUAGAGAUCAGUUGACCGUGUUCCCGACAAGGAAGCUAUGGACAGAACAUGAGUUUCACAAACACAGAUGCUAUUCUUUUUUCAAAUGCUAUAUCUGCUCUCAGCACCUGAAAACUGAAGAGAUGCUCUUUGAUCAUCUUCGCAAUAAACACUCGCUGGCAGAAUCAAGGCCACAACAGCUUGGAGCAAUCAUCCAACGGGCCAAAAAUGUCCAAGCACGACCGAUCGAAGGAGAACAAUGCCCUCUCUGUCGGAGAGCAGACUGGUCAACACAACGAGCAUUCGUCAAGCAUCUUGGAAAGCACUUCGAGGACAUUGCGUUGUUGGCGUUGCCUUUAGGCGAUGAUUCUGAGGAAGAAAUAGAAACGGAUGAGCCACACAAAGUAUCAGGCGCGUCCCCUGCUGGAGAUCGAGAUCCCACCAAGGCAGUACCCCUUUCAAUGGCCUCGACGUCGUUGAAGGAGCCUUCUGUCCAACAAGAUUCCAGCAGAAGCGAGGGACAUUCCCAGGGCCAUGACCCAGACCAGCCGAGUCAAUCUCACACUUCUUCCGGUCUCGAACAGGUUUACAGCAGAUCUAUACCGCGACCUCUUGAUCGUGCUCCUAACUCAUGUAGCGCUAAAUGGCACGAAGUACUUGGUGAAAGCUCUACAAUCACAACGAACGUUGGUCAUACCGCCCCCCCUGGCCAUCGCUUCUACUGUUUCCUCAGUAAUUGUGAGAAAAGCUUUAUUCGACGAGGAGAUUACAAGAACCAUGUAGAUCAAUAUCACCACGGAUUUGAGGCUGAUGACCCUAUGAAAGCUCUUCGCAAGAUACCUCCAUACAACCACGAAGAAUGGAAGGUACAAGAGGGAGAUGGCACCACGGCUCUUCAGCAAGACUCACAACCCAACAAUACUCCAUGGGAAUUACAAGUCAACUGUCUUAUCGUCUCGGAAGAAAUUCAAGAGAUCCGGAAGAACUUGUGGUCCAAGUCGCUUGACGACUGUAGACAGAUUUUGAAACGUGCGGAAGCCUUGAAUGAUCUUCUGCACGCUGCGGAAGUCCUGUUCCUACGUGAAGCAGUGAGCCAGGGCAACUUAUGGGAGAUUGAAGUGAAAAAAACCAUGGCAACUGUGGAUGGCAAUCCAGGUCAGGUUCGAUCACUCCUCUCUGAAGUUCGGGCGAAGGCGUUCCCGGUUAACAGAAGCCUGAUGGACCAAUUUCUUGAUUUUGCCAAAUAUCCGUCGCAGACUGAAUGGGACCAGCAUAAGUCAGUCCUAGUACACUUGCACGAAAAUGAGCGUCGGCCCUUGACUGAGAUCGUCAAAAUUAUGGAGGAUAAGCACGGUUUCGUGGCAUCAUCGUCACAGUACCAGUCGACGUUUGGCCAGUGGUGUUUCAGGGAAGGUGGUAUAAGGACCACACAGUUCAUUCCGUAUGAACCUCGGAAAGAGAAAUACAAUGUUAUAAGGCCCAUCGCAGGUGUUGUGGCAUGCGCCCCUGCCAGGGGUGCCGUCGGAAAGGUAUCAAUUGUGUAGACUACCAACCAUCAAUCGCGAAGCCCAGGUCUACAUCAUCACACUGUGACGGCGUGGGGCCAUCUCGAGACAAGACCACAGCAGACAAUUCCGCUAUCGACCCCUGCGGCGAAGAUUUCCAGCGUCAAGACUCGCCUAUCGCAAGGCCGGAUUUUCAACCUCCUUCCCUCGGCGGGCCGGUCCUGGACGAAUUAGCGAGACUCAAC